AUAACAGAUGAACAAAUUGCCACUCGCCUCACUCGUCGUCUGAACAUCAUGAGGAGUCCAAUUGCCAAUCCCUUCAUUUUUUACGCCGAGAUGCGUUUGGAUUCCGCUAAAGCUUAAAAGCACAAGGAGCGCCGCGCCCGCCACUCUUCCGGCCACGCAUUCCCUCAAGCCAAAUGGAAAACCAAUUCGAAGACGAAAACAAGUCCGCCACUAUUUCUCAGAUUCAGGUCAAGGGAGUUCCCAUCCAUGGCGGAAAUUUUGUCCAGUACAAUGUCCUCGGCAACCUCUUCCAGGUCCCUGCCAAGUACGUCCCUCCAAUCGCUCCUGUUGGCCGCGGCGCCUAUGGCCUCGUUUGCUCGGCUGCGAAUUCUGAGACGAAGGAGACGGUUGCAAUUAAGAGGAUCGCGAACGCGUUCGACAACAGGAUCGAUGCGAAGAGGACUUUGCGCGAGAUCAAGCUUCUAACGCAUAUGGACCACGAAAAUGUUAUCAAAAUAUUGGAUAUUGUAAAGCCUCCAGAUAAACAGAACUUCAACGAUGUGUACAUUGCCUAUGAAUUGAUGGAUACUGAUUUGCAUCAGAUAAUCUGUUCGAGCCAGGAACUCACUGAUGAUCACUGUCAAUAUUUCCUUUAUCAGCUGUUGCGUGGACUUAAAUACAUACAUUCUGCAAACGUCCUGCAUCGUGAUCUAAAGCCGAGCAACUUACUUCUUAAUGCUAACUGUGAUCUAAAGAUUUGUGACUUUGGACUUGCAAGAACCACCUCCGAGACAGAUUUUAUGACCGAGUAUGUUGUAACGCGCUGGUACCGUGCACCUGAAUUAUUGCUCAACUGUUCAGAGUACACUGCAGCCAUUGAUAUGUGGUCGGUCGGUUGUAUAUUGAUGGAGAUCAUCGCAAGAGAGCCGCUUUUUCCUGGUAAAGAUUAUGUUCAGCAGUUGGGGCUAAUAAACGAGCUACUGGGAUCACCCGACGAAUCUGAUCUACGAUUUUUGAGGAGUGACAAUGCUCGAAGGUACGUCAAGCAGCUACCCUACAUACCCAAGCAACCUCUAUCUCGAAAAUUCCCCGAUGCAUCUCCCGGUGCAAUCGAUCUUGCGAUGAAGAUGCUCGUUUUCGAUCCAGAAAAACGCAUAACUGUCGAGGAAGCGCUGAACCAUCCGUUUUUAUCGAGUCUCCAUGAGAUUAACGAGGAGCCCAUGUGUCCGUCUCCUUUUGUUUUUGAUUUCGAACAAUCAUCUUUAAGCGAAGAGGAUAUCAAGGACCUAAUAUGGAGAGAGUCUCUCAAAUUCAACCCAGAGUAGCUCGACAUUCCCGUCUUUUUUUUUUUUUUGUGUGUUCUAAGUUGAAUGUGUUUUGGUCGAGAGUUUCCGUAUGAUCCUUUGGUUUGCCGUGGUUGUUAUAGUUUCGCGCAUAUAUUCUCCGGAAAGUCUUUAGUGCAAUCCUAUCGAUCGCCAUAAGACUAGACUACAUCAUGGAUUUCCAGGAGGAAUUUCUUCGCCUUUCAAGAACUCCUCGACUGAGGCGCAGUCGCAAACAUGCCACCGUAUGUAAUGGUCCGAAUGUUUCGGGAGGUACGUAGCUCGUUCCUUUUUAUGUUUUUAUAUUUUGUGUUGGAUUGUUGUCGGGGUUUGCUCGAUCGAUCGAUCAAUCGAGUUUUUAUUUUCUUACAUGUUCUUGAGGAGUUGGAUGGGUCAUUUUGGUUCUAUGUAGAAUUGUGUAAUUUCUUGUAGAUGAUCCUCUCGUUGAAUUCACAGUUUUUACCAAUAUGUACGAGCUUUUUGUGUC